GGGACGAGGACGGACAGACGAUGUAGAGGCUGCAAUUUUUUUGGUUUAUUGGACAUUUUGGACAUAAAUGGCACGGAUGGAAAGAGGAGGAAACAGGGAAUAUAGGGAGAAAUCAUCCACCAGCUAAGAGGUACUACUUGCAGAGACAUGUGAAGAUAUUCCUGCAAAAACAAACCAUUACUGAUGUCAUGUGAAAACCUCAAAUAAAAAAAAAGAAGUUACUAGAAAUACAGACCAAAAGUUUAAAAUCCGUUAAGAGAAGAUGCGGCUAAGUAAGCUGUUGACAUCGUUGAAGUUUAAAGCUCAUGAGCUUAAAAGUGAAAAUCAAGGUUACAAAUCUAAAAUCAAUAGAGAUGUUUAUGUUACUUAAAACAGUUAAUUAACCUGAGAUUAAAAGGAAUGUAAGUAUCUAGCUUUCCAGUAACAAGUAGGUAAUGUGAGUUUAAUUUAUUUUCCUCAAGUCACAUGUAGGUAAUAUGAAUGUAUAUUUUAGAUAUAGGACCAAAUUAUUGUACCCUAUUUAACCAAAAUGGAAAAUGUUGGUAAUAAAAAUCAGCAGAGUGGUGUUGAUAAGGAGACUGAGGAAGGGGAAGAUAUGAUAAAGUGUGAAAAGUGCUGUUCCCUUAAUAAUGGGUGUUGUAUAAAGUGUUCUGCAGAGUCGGCAUCCGUCGGCAGGAGAGAUGAUCACAUGUACUACACAACUCUUGAAUCGAAAGAUAUAGAGAAGAGGUACACAUGUGAAGAGUGCGGCUCCACUUUUAAAAGGUGGAGUUUGUUGCAGGCUCACAAGAGGAAGCACAGUGAUAGUCCACCCUUUUCUUGCUGUGAUUGUGGAAAACAGUUAGAGAGCAAGGAUGAGUGGGUAGAUCACAGGGAGGUAGGAUGCAGUUCAGCCAAUGUCCACUCAUUCCCACGCACCAACCACAAUGUUUUGCUCAAUGGAAAAAGACAAGGAUCACGCAGGGGAAAGAGUUUCAAGUGUGCCCUUUGCACCAAAUCUUUCAAGUCUUUGGGUUCGAAGAAUGAUCAUGAACGUAAUGUACAUAAUCCUGUGCGGUGUUACAGCUGCAAUGAGUGUGGAAAAUCAUUCUAUAAAAAGUAUAACCUCAAUAUUCAUAAGGAAACACAUAGUGACGAUCGAUCUCAUGUGUGCAAAAUGUGUGGCAAGAAAUUCAAGACUACUCAGGGGUUAAGAAUGCACAUGGAAAGUCACUCUAACGAAAGGCCUUUCAUGUGCGAAAUCUGUGGUAAAAUUUUCAAGACUCGGGCUGUCCUGGAAAGCCAUACAGCAAUCCACACUGGUGAGACUAAAUAUAGCUGCAGUGUCUGUGGGAAAGCCUAUCGCUACCGUGCUUCAUUAUUCAUUCAUAUGCGCACUCAUUCAGGAUACAGACCAUACAGUUGCACUGAGUGUGAUGCAUCUUUCAUGGUGAAGAGUCAUCUUACAGAACACAUGAGGAGCCACACUGGAGAACAUCCUUUUGUGUGUAAAUUUUGUUCUGCAUCUUUUACGAGGGCUAUUAGCCUGAAGAAACACCUGAAAUCACACGUAAAGGCAGGUUGCAAUGUGAAUAUAGAUGCUGCAAUGUAUCAUGCAAAAGUGCAAGCGUUCGUAAAGCCACGGAAGCCAUACACAUCCCUCACUGAACCAAAUACCACUUCUGCAAUACCUAAGCUAACUCACAUCAUGCAAGAUAAUGUAUUAUUGAAUGCUAAAGAGAGAAUUGAGCUUUUUGUGGACCAGCCAUCAAAUGAGAAAGAACUUACUGUCAUUAAAGUUUCAUGUUUAGACGAGACAGGAUUAUGUGCCUUUGAUAUUGUACAGACUUCUUCAGAUUAUGACCUGUUAUGUAAAUCAGGUACUAGUGAUUUAAUUGAUCAUCAGACCAGUCACAGCACAAAAGAGAAAAAACUGUGUAUGGAAAAGAUUCAAGUCAUUUCUAGUUCCGUGAAUGGCAGAAUGGAUAAGGAUGUCAGAACAGUAACAUCCCCAGCUACAGGGAAUGCCCAGAAUACUGUCAAUGGGGAAAAAAUUGAAGAGUCUGGCCUUCCUUCUUGCUUGACACAAGAGGGUAGCAUCCAUAUUAAAAAGGAAGAGGAAGAGAUAGCCAAAGAUUGGUUAGAUUCUCAGGAAGUUAUUGCGGAUGCAGUACUGGAAUUGAGUGUCAACAACAAUGAUAGAGAAAGUAGUGUUCAUUAUAACCUAUCAGAGACAGACCAUCAGAAAGUCAUUGUGACAGAAGUGAUUGCCAGUGAAAACUCAAAAAUUUCAACCCAGUUAGAACAGUCCAAUAAUUACAAUGAAAGGAAAGAGGCUGCUGUAAAAAGUGCUGUUGUUAGGAAAUCAGGCCCCAUAGAUGUAACAUUUGAGAGUUUGGAACUUAAAGAAGUAUUAUUACAAAAAUGCUCUUACUGUGACAAAGUUUACGUGUGUAAAGAGUUUGGGGAGGGUAAUGAAGUCUGUCAGGAUUGUAAAUCUUUACAACAUUUAAAGGCAGUAGAGAAUAGCAAAUCUUCAGCCCAUUUACAAAGUCAUGAUAUUCCAGACGAUCGAACACCUUUUAGAAAUAAAUUAGUAAGCAGGGAUAGUGAUCCAUAUCAUUGUGACAUAUGUUGGGCUUCAUUCACCUUUAGAAGUGACCUGAGGAAGCAUGUAAAGCAGCAUUCAAGUAGAUACCCACAUAUAUGCAAAAAGUGUGGUGAGUCAUUCCAACAGGAAAUAUUCUUAUCAAAACAUCACUGUGGUAUACCUAUUAUAGAUGCUGAUGUAAUUUCAAAUAGAUGUGUGUCAAAGACCAUAGACAGGUCUUUGGAGUAUGAGUGUAAUAAAUGCAAAAAAAUAUUUCCAAAGAAAUUCAUUUUAAAGGUACAUUAUAGAAAACAUACUGGUGUAAAACCUUUCAAGUGUAAAAUGUGUCCAAAGAGAUUCAUUUCAGCGACCCAUCGCAAGGUACAUAUGAGAUGCCACACAGGGGAACUGCCAUAUGAAUGCAGAGAUUGUGGUAAAUACUUUCGAAAGAAGUCAGACCUCGCAGGCCACCAUAAAACCUGUGAGAACCAAGAAAAUCAGAGAAUGAACUGUAACCUCCAAGGGUUUGGGAUAUCCAUUAAAGAAGAACCCAUUGAAGAGGACGUAGAAGAGAUGUUAGAGGGAAAUAGAAAUAAAGGGACUUUAAUAGAAGGAAUAAAAAUUGAGGAUCCAAGUGAUGAAUCUAGCCUCAAGCAAGAAUUAGUGGAAGAGGAGGAAAUCAUUCAAUCUUCACAUUCUAGGUCAUUGAAAUGUAGGUAUUGUGGCCGUACCUUCAAGUUCCAUAGUGUACUCCAAGCUCAUGAACGAAGUCAUACAGGUGAGAAACCAUUUUCAUGUUCGGUGUGCAAUAAAGCCUUUUCCAAGAAGAGUAACAUGGAAGUCCACAUGAGAAUUCAUACUGGUGAGCGCCCAUUUCUUUGUGAUUAUUGCGGUAAAUACUUUGCAUAUAAGUACAGCCUGGAAGCCCAUAAGCGCUUACACACCAAAGAAAGACCCUUUACCUGCAGCGUUUGCGGGAAAAGUUUCCGACAUGAAGCAAGUAGACAUGUACAUAUGAAGAGACACUUUGGAGAUAGGGCAUUCAAGUGCGACCUCUGCCCCAAGGCAUUUGUGGCAAAGGUUGAUCUGGAAGGUCAUCGAAGAACUCACACUGGAGAGAAGCCUUUUCAGUGUGAGCUGUGUAAUCGUUCUUUUAAAUUCAGACACCAUUUGACAGAGCACCUUAGGUACCAUACUGGUGAGAAGCCAUACAAAUGCUAUUAUUGUGACAUGACGUUUGCUCGUGCAGGAACUCGAAAGACACACAUGAAAAAGCAUGCAAGUAUCAUAAAGUGAGUGGGAGGACACUGAAGGUCUAAUUCAACAACACAGUAAGGGCUUCCUGCUAAAAGAUGAAAGAUAUGCCAAAAAUUUUACUCUGUGAUAAUUUUGCUGAUGAAUUAAGGAUAAGCCUCUGUAGUGAAUGGCUGAUGGUUUGCCUGUGAAAGGUGAAUUAGGAAUUUGAUAUAUCUUUUUAUUUUUGAUAAAGUUAUGUUAUGAUUAUGUAUAUUCAAAGAUAACCCUGAAAACAGAGAUUGCGAGGAACUGUAAUAAAUUAUUGUUUUCUGAA